AUGGCUGCUCCCCUCGGAAAGAUGGUACUCGACGCGCUCGAGGGCGUCGCGAACAAAGCCGGAAUGCCCAUCGAAGAGGUUCUCAAGGCAGCUCAGGGAAUCGCCGAGCAGAAUCUCGUCAAGAUGGAGCCGGCUGAGGCAGGUGAAACCGUCUUCCAGGUCAAGCCCACUGUCGCCGUCGCCGCCGCUGCCGCCCUUCCUGCCAAGGCCAGUUCCUCCAAGCCCGUGGCGCCUCAGGUCCAUCUUCCCAAGGCCGCUAUUCCCCAGGCUCCCGCUUCCAGCUCUCGAGCUCCCGUGGCGUCGUCGUCCAAGUCCGCGGCUCCCAAAGCCUCGUCUUCCAAGGCUUUGUCUUCCAAGGCCUCGUCUUUCAAGGCCCCUUCGAAGACCGCCGUUGCUGUCAAGGGAAAGCAAUCGGCCCCCAAGGGUCCGGUUCCCAAGAAAACCGCUUCCAAGGCCAAGGCUUCUGCCUCGGACUCCGACACUGCCGCGUCUGAGGGACCUGCAAACGAGGGCAGAGCCAAUCAGUUCUCGUGCGAGUUCCCCGGCUGCACCAGAGACUUCGUUCACCGAUCUUCGCGCACUCGGCAUUACAAGCUCAACCACGACAACUGGCGCCCCUGA